AUGGUGGGCAGCGCGCUGCAGAUGGCCUCCCGGCUCAUGGUCGCGCGCGGCGCGGGCGCUCGGGCCGCCGGCCGGCUCUGGGUGUGCCCGCCGCUUCGGAGGCUUCCGGGGCUCCUCGGCCGCGCUCGGGCGCCGGGACCCGCCCCCCGUGCCCGAGCUGGAGCGGCCGGGCCCUCCCAGCCGCCGGGGACUAGGUCACGAGGCAGCCCAUCGCCCGCGCGGCCCACGCCAGCCGCUGCUUUUUGGAGCCGGAGCGGACUUUCCCGGGGGCCGGGGUCAACUUGGGCUGCGGCGACGCGUCGAGGAGGAGCUUCCUCGCCCGACCUGGCCCUUCUAGGCGCGCCAGCCUCCCGAGCCCGCCGGUCCGAGCUCCUCCCUCCCCGAACUUCUCGGACGACGUCAGCGGCGGACACUGAGGCGGGAAAGCUACUGGAGGAUGUGCUCCAACAAAACAUGGGACUAAAAGAGAAAGACAUGGGAUCUGGAAAACAGAAUCAAGAGAAAAGGAAGAUUAUAAAUUACAUUUGAGCAGAGACCUAGUCUGCACCUCCUACUCAGGGCCUGGGACUGUAAUUCUCAUAUAGUAAGUACUCAAUACAUUUUGACUGAAUGAAUGAAGGAAUGAAGAAAGGGUCAAUUGGGCUGGUCUUCUUGAGGUUCUGGGCAAAUCUUCACUCAGGGUGUUGGAAAGUCAAGUGGUGGUGUUCAUUACCUCAUCCUAGGGGAGAUAAGGGGUUUGUUUGGGGACAGUGUUGGAAAAUGUUUGUUCAUUUGACAGGCUGAUAUCUGUUAAAAAGUAGGGAAAUACUCUGUAAAGUUACAGAUUUUGCUUGGCAGGUAGUACAAUGUGCUUCUUAAGAGUUCAGGCUUUUGACUCAGAUAGUUUGUUAAUUUGGGUUCUCUAAGAACCAGAUACCAAAGAAAGAUUAGGACUGCAAGUUAUUUAUUGGGCUAAAAUCCCUGUGAUAGAAGUUGGGGAAAGAGUCAGUGGAGGUGGGAGAGCUCUCAGACCACACCGCAGGUCUAAUCCCUAUAAAGGGUUGAUGACAGACAGGAAGUUUCAGUAAAAAGAGUCCUAGACGGCAAUGAAGUUCUGAGAAAGUUUUGGCAAGGUUUAUGGUCACUUUUCAAGUCCAAGUGGUUGUGUAAAUCAUAUUUCAUGGAAAUGGGUCUGCUUUAGGACCCUGGAGGCACUGAUUCUUUAGCUGGGAACAGCCUGUGGGAGGUAUGGUGUUCGUGGUGGCCGUGCAGUGGAAGAUUCAGAGCACAGUUUGUUGGUACCAUGGGUCAAAAAUGGACAAUAAGAGGAGAUCUGAGUGGUGUGCUUUGAUGACCAGAAAAGCUUAAUAUGCAUUUGGUAAAAAAAUUGGUAUUAUUUGCUUUGGAGUUUGUCUUAUCCUUCAUGGCAAGACGCUAAUCUUCUACAUUUCUCAUUGGUCUGCAAUUAUAUUUUAGUCACGUGCUUUUCUUCUUUUAAAGUUAUCAAAUGAGGGGUGCCUGGGUGGCUCAGUCGGUUGAGCAUCUGACUUCAGCUCAGGUCAUGGUCUCACAGUUUGUGGGUUUGAGCCCCACAUCAGGCUCUGUGCUGACUUAUUAACGUUUGCUAUAUUGCUUUCUGGACGUUUUCAUAUCACUUGUUUAUAUUCAUGCAUACACAUAUUAAUAUACACAAGCAUAUGCACAGCUACACACACAAGUACACACAAAUAUACACACAACUCUACAGUUUUGUCUUUAUAAACGCAGGCUUAUGUUCCAUAUAUUAUUCCAUAUCUUGCUUUUUCUUCUAACAAUUUUAUUUAGGGAGUUGUCCCUCUUGGAAUAUAUAGUAGCUAUUUUCAAGCUUUCAUAAAUAAGAAUUAGCUGCGGUUCUAAUUAAAAUUCUAAGUCCCAUGAAUUCAGUAGGUCUGGCGUGUGGCUCAGUAAUCUGUUAACCAAAAACUCUGGUGAUUCUGAUCAAGAUGAUCAUUGGAUCAUAGUUUUAGAAACACUAAUAGAAAUUUGUAUCAUUCUUUCUAUGACUUUAUUAUAUUCAAUAGUAUGAACUCGUUUCAUGAUUUAUCAAUUUUUUUAUUAAUGAAGAGUUAGGUGUUUUAAUUUUUACAAAUGAAUCUAUAGUGAACAUUCAUUUUCUAGUAGCAUCAAGUACACAAUUUAAAUAUACAUAAAGAGUUCCUAUGUAAGAGUACACAUAUUUCAUUUUCUUGUAAUUGAUUCUUUUUUUUUUUACAUUUGUUUAUUUUUUGAGAGACAGAGAGAGACAGAGAGUGAGUGGGGGAGGGGCAGAGAGAGAGAGAGAGAGAGAGAGAGAGAGGGAAUCACAGAAUCUGAAGCAGGCUCCAGCCUCUGAGCUGUCAGCACAGAGCCUGAUGUGGGGCUUGAACCCAUGAACUGUGAGAUCAUGACCUGAGCCAAAGUCGGUCACUUAACCGACUGAGCCACCCAGGCACCCCUGGGUACAUAGAUUUCUACAAUUAUUGUGUAUUUUGAUUAAUUGGCCCCUUUAUCUUAUAUAAUGACCUUCUCUCUACUGUUACAGUUUUUUGGUUAAAGUUUAAUUUGUCUAAUACAAGAAUAGCUAUCUCUGCUUCUUUUUGUUUCCAUUUACAUGGAAUAUCUUUUCCCAUUACUUUAAUUUGAGCCUAUUUAUGUCUUUAAAACUGAAGCGACUCUCUUAUAGGCAGCAUAUAGUUGAAUCUUAUUUUGUAAUCUAUUAAUUACUGUAUGCAUGUAUUUUGAUUGGAGUAUUUAAUCCAUUUACAUUUGAAGUAUUUAUGGAUAGGUAAGGACUUACUAAUGCCAUCUUACUAAUUGUGUUUUUGUUUUUCUUUUGUAGUUCCCUUGUACCUUUCUUCUUUUGCCGUCUUUCUGUGUGAAUUGGUGAUUUUCCAUAGUAGUAUUCUUUGAUUCCCUUCUGUUUAUCUUUUGUGUCUACUCUAGGUUCACUUUGUGCUUACCAUAAUGUUUACAUAAAACAUUAUACACACACAUACACACACACACACAUCUAUUUUAAGCUGAUUAUCAACUUAACUUUGUAUAUGAAAACUCUUUCCUUUUACUCCUCUCCCGAUAAUUUUGUUUUUGAUAUUAUAAUUCACCUGUUUUUAUCUUGUAUAUUUAUUAACAAGUUAUUGUAACCAUAGUUAUUUUCAAAUUUUUGUCUUUUAACUUUUAUACUGGUGUUAAGAUAUUAACGCACCACCUUAAUAUAGUAUUAGAGUAUUCUAACUUUGACUAUAUAAUUCCCUGUACUAGUUUGUUUGAUAUUUUCAUAUGUUUUUAUGUUACUAAUUAGUUUUAUUUUAGCUUUAAAACCUCUUUUUUAGCAUUUCUUAUAAGGCAUUACUAUACAUAAUGAGUGACCUCCCUCAGUUUUGUUUGGGAGAGUCUUUAUCUCUUCUUCAUUUCUGAAAGACAACUUUGCUGGGUAAAUAUUCUUGAUUGGCAGUAUUAUUCUUUCAGCACUUUGAAUAUAUCAUGCCAGUUUUCUGGUCUGCAAGGUUUCUACUGAGAAAUCUGAUAGCCUUAUCGGGGUUUCCUUCUAUGUGACUAUUUUUUUCUUUCUUUCUUUUUAAAAUUUUUAAUGCUUAUUUUUAUUUUUUUAAAAUUUAUUUUGAUAGAGCACAUGAGUGGGAGGGGGCACAAAGAGAGGGGGAGAGAGAGAAUCCCAAGCAGGCUCCGCCCUGUCAGCACAGAGGCUGAUGUGGGCCUUGAACUCUUGACCCAUAAGAUCAUGACCUGAGUCAAAAUCUAGAGUUGGUUGCUUAACUGAUUGAGCCACCCAGGUGCCCCUCUCUUUCUGCUUUUAAAAUUCUCUUAUUGUCUUUGAUUUUAGACAGUUUUAUCAUAAUGUGUAUGGGUGAAGAUUAUUUUGGGUUGAAAUUUUAGUGUGGCCUAUUAGCUUCAUAAAGUCAGAUAUCCAGCUAUCUCCCCGGAUUUGGAGAGUUCUCUUUUAUUACUUUAAAGAUUCUUUUUUUCCCUUUAUUUCUUUCUUCUUGGACUCCAAUAAUGCAGAGGUUAUAUCUCUUGGUAUUCCAUAAUUCAUGUAGGAGUUCUUCACACUUUUUCAUUCUUUUUCCUUUAUGAUCCUCUGACUGGAUGACUUCAAAUGACCUGUCUUAAAGUUGACUCUUUCCUUGCUUGAUUGAGUCUGAUAUUGAAGCUCUCUAUUGAAUUGUUCACUUCAGUCAUUAUUUUCUUCAAUUCUAGGAUUGUUUUUUCUCAUGGUAUCUAUUUUUCUGCUAAGCUUCUCCUUUAGUUCAUGCAUUGUUUCCCUGAUUUCAAUUAGUUGUCUACUUGUUCCCUUUUAGUUCAUUGGAUUUCUUCAAAAAUAUUAUUCUGAAUUCUUUUUCAGACAGUUCAUACAUCUUUAUUUUUUGAGGGACAGUCAUUGGAAUUGUAUUAGUUUUAGGCACCUGGGACCUGGGUCUGCAUAGAUGGACCUGGAUCCUGGUCCACAGAGGUCAACCAAGUGCUAGGGACUGCUGGUGUGGGCUCGGCAUCUAGGUUUAUGGGGGCCAAACUCAUACUCAGACAGACUGAGAGCCUGGUUCUAGAGGAUCUGGACUAGAGUCUGAUACCAUGGAAAUUGGCUUGGUACUAGGGUAAGCCUAUAGCCUGGGGUCAUAGAUAUGGGCUCAUAACCUGGGGCCUCACAUGGAGAUUGAAUCUAUAGGGGCCAGUCUGGUGCUUGGGUGGGCCUGGAGACUGAGUCAGUGAGAGCUGGCCUUGAGGCUGGGGCUGUGUGGGCUGGCCUGGUGCUAGGGCAGGCUGGAAGCUUGGAUCCACAGAAGAUAGUCUGGACCUAAAAUCAUUAGGGGUUGGCUUGGUACUGGGGUGGAGAGAAAGUGUGAGUCCAUGGUAGUAGGCCAGGAGCUGGGCACAGUUGGGAGCUUGGGAUCUCAGGUACCUGCCUGCAGUUUGGGGUUACCAGGGCUGAUUAGGAGCCUGGGGCCACAAAUGCCAUUUGGGUACAUGGGAUCUGCCAGCUCUGGGAUGUGCCCAGAGCUUGGAUUUGUGGAAGUCUCUGGGAGCCUAAGGUCAUGGCUUGGAAUCCAGCAGGUGCUGGUGUGAGCUGUGUAUCUGGUUCACAGGAGUCUGGUAGGGGCCGUCUAGAACCAUAGGAGUUUGUCUGGUGUUGGGUGGGUCCUCUCCCAUGGGGAAAGUGUGUCUCUCUGUGCUGGGCUGCCUGGGUUGGGGGAAAAGUGAUGGGGUAGUAUGAAUCUAUCUUUCCUAACCUCCUCAAUACAUUUUUUCUUAUUUCUGUGCUUUGCCCAAGUGCUGUAAUCUGUCACUUGGAAACUAGCUUUUGUGAAGGUAUUUUUCUUCAUGGAUAGUUAUUCAAACUGAUGGUUCUGGGAGGGGUGUGAAUUAGAAAUUCCUAUACCAUCAUUUUGCUAACAAUACCUUUUAUUAUAAUUAAAACUUUUUUUCCAGAAUAUAUAUGCAAAUGUAAGGGAAUACACAUAGACACAAUUUGAUAAUGAUAAUAAAAUAAAUAUUCACAUAUCCACCACCAGGUUAAGAAAUGGUACUUACCUAGUGAUGUAUAAGUCCCCUAAGUGCUUCUUUUUGAAAAUUUUCCUUUCCCUCCUAUUAUAGAGCUUAUCUCUCUCCUAAAUUUUUUCCUAAUCAUUACUUUAUGGUUCUUUACUCUUUUACCAGGUAGAUUUAUUUAUGUUGUCUCUUUUUUGAAUUUUAUAAAUGCAAUCCUUUUUUUCAUUCAAUAUUAUAAUUUUUUAACAUUCUUAGAUAUUUAUGUAUGGCUAUAGUUAUUUGCACUGAUACAUGUAUAUAUCUCUAUAUAUCAUAUAUAGGCACACAUUUAUCUAUAUAUGAUAUUCUUGAUUUGAAUAUAUCCCAAGUUGUGUAUUCUUCAUGGAUUUUUGAGUUUUUCCAUUUUUUUGUUACCAUGAGCAAUGAUGCUGUGAAGUUUCCUAUUAAGGUCACCAGUUGCACAUGCAUAAGAGUUGUUCUGUGCCUUUUAGGAGUGGACUUACUGGAUUGUAGAGCAUGUGCACAUUCAACUUUCCCAAACAGUGCUUAAUUGUUAUACAAAUGGUUGUACCAAUUUACACUCACACCUGUAGUUGAAGAGCCUGCCUGCCUGCCUGCCUUCCUUCCUUCCUUCCUUCCUUCCUUCCUUCCUUCCUUCCUUCCUUUUCUUCCAUCCCUCCCUCCCUCUUUCUUCUCUUCUCUUCUCUUCUCUUCUCUUCUCUUCUCUUCUCUUCUCUUCUCUUCUCUUCUCUUCUCUUCUCUCCUCUCCUCUCCUCUCCUCUCCUCUCCUCUCCUCUCCUCUCCUCUCCUCUCCUCUUUUCUUAUUUCUUUCUUCUAUAAAGCAGAAGUUUCCUGAGUCGGCUUUAAAAGACUUUACCGCAUCAGAGGGAUGAUGAUUGGAAUCAGUCACUUCAAAAUGAAAUGCUUUAAAGUAGAACACUGACAGCUUGAAUAAAUCUUUCUGGCAAGUGGGUAAAUUUAAAAUAAAUGUAUUUUAAGAUUAUAAACCUCAAGAGAGUUUAAUUAAAGUUUAGAGGAGAUUACAGCACAAAUGUUUAUGAACUAAAAUUCUCCUUUCAUGUCCAAUAGCAAUUAAUUCUUCUCCUCCAUUCCUAAUUUAUCAGCCUACUUCUGUUGCAUUGAUAGUGCUGCUACAAUUUUCUACUUAGUGGUUAUUUUAAACCCAAGAGAAUAAAUUUACCAGGCAGUCCACUUAUAAAUGUGAAGCCCAGUUCACUCUUUGUAUUAGUCAACGGGAUUUCUAAGCCCAUGAUGAAUACUGAAUUAAGAGAUAAGGGAGAGUUUAAAUUUCUGGGAAAAGAAUAACCUAGAAUUAAAAAAUAUAUAGUACAUUUAUUAAGAAGGUCAUGGUCUAUUUUCUUAUCUUCUUCACAAGAACACUUUGUGCUUUAAAAUCAAAUGCCAAAAUUUAGGGCAGAUCUCACACAUAUUUAGAACAAUUUUUUGGGAAAAUUUUCCUCAAAGUUAUGCUCUCCACACUUUUGAAACUAAUAGGAAUAUUGAAAUGAAUUUCAUUGAAAAUCGCCCAGAAUUUAAAUUUAAAUUUUCUUUGUUAGAUGUCAAUGAAAAUAUUUUUAUUUCCUCUUAUUCCCUAUUUAGCUCUUUACCCCAGUCAUUCACAUGCAUUGGUUAAAUUUAAAAAGUUUCUUUAUGUCACCUCUUAUCUGACUCUAUUAAGAUCCUUUCUUGGGUUGGGAGAGAGAACAUGAAGGGGGUGGACAGGAGAAAGAGGGAGGGAGGAAGGAAGGGCAGGAGAAAGAGAAAGGGGGGAAAGAGAGGGAGAGAGAACCAAGAGGGGGGUAAGGCAGACAGGAAGAGAGAGAGAAAGAGGGAGAGACAGACAGAUGGUGGAGAGGUAAUAAUGAACUGCCCAUCCCUACCAGAGAGAUUUCUAACCGCAAGCUAAAAACUACUAAGACCUCUCCAGCCUCCGUAUAUGACUCUGCUCUUCUCUGGAGGUGAGGCAAGAGUCAGGAUUAUUAACUGAUAUUAAUAUGCUAUGUCUUAGUCCAAGUUCCAUAUAAAGAAGAUAGGAGGCAAAAUUUACACAUGCUUUAUUUGGGCCUGCAAUCCCAGGACAGCAAGAAUGAAGGGAAGUGAGGCAGUGGAGAAAGGAGAGCAAAUACAAGGCAGCGUGUUCCUGAGCUGAUUACAUCUCAUGCUGUUGUUAUUGUUUGUUAUUAACAAAGCAGUUUAUUGGCUUUAAAUAUACAUCAGUAAAUUUUUAAAUGUUAGUUAAUUUUGCUAAGUUUUCUGUUUUAUGAUGAAGGAAUACUGACCGAAAACAUCAGAGAAAAUAGAAGCUCAGCAGAAUGGUGUCCAAUAUAUUUUCAUGAAUAAGCAGAUUUAAAAAAAAGUAUAUGACUUUUAAUCUAAGAAAAAAUGCUGUCAAAAUUCACUGUUUAGAAUUGAAUUAUUUUUGACUAAAUGCAAGAAACAGGAGCUCAUAAAAUAAAGGCCUAGCAUGGGCAGCAAGAGAAAAGAGAAAGAAAUGGGGAAAAAAUAGAUUUUAAUAUCAAGUGUAUUAUCAGUUGUCUGGUUUUGUUUGUUUUUGUUUCACACUACUUAAGGCAGGAUUAUCUCUCUGUAAUCCUACAGAUAAGUUCUAAUGUUUUAGCUAUAAGAAAGUUUUAAGAGCUCAGAUACAUAGAUAAGACAAUUAAAAAAAAAAACCCUUUCCUUACAGUAUACACAAGGCUUUAGAAGCAUUAUAUAUAAGACAGGCAGUUGUGUACUUAUAGGACAUUUCCAGAGAGGUUAUCUAGAAUCACUGUGUCUUAGAAAAGUCCAUUGGAAUUGAAAAAAGAAGAAGGGGAAUGAAUUUAUCUUAAAUCUCCUUGUCAUCUCCUGUGUCUCAUUGAUUAAUGUAUUUUCUUCAGGGCAUUUAACUACUCUGCCCUUAUGGAUUGUGCUAGCCAACCCCUGUGAGCAGCCAUGAGAAAAGUCAGAUUACAUGCCCCAUGAUGAGUGCUUCAUCUGAACCUUGAAGUGGUAGAGAAAGUGAGUCUCUGUUGGUUGGGUUAGUUUAGGUAUGAACACAGGUUGAACUAAUCUGUCACAUCAGCAGGUACUGGCAGCAACCAGUAGUUUUAAGAGAGAGGUGAUUGUGCAGCCUAAGUCCAGCUGUAUGAAUAAAUUGCCCUAGUGGGCUGGGCUGGGCAAGCUGCUCUACCUGGGGAUCACUUACACGGGAGAGGCUAGAGUGGUUCCUUGGAUGGCCUUGAGAUUGUCCCAGUGAACUCACUGUCCAAUUGUCUCAAGAACAUUUAGAUCAGGAUUCAGAAUGCUUCUUUUCCUCUGUACAACCAUCACCUAGAGAUGCUUGUGCACAUUUUUAUAAACCAGCUCCCUUUUAUUCAGAGGAAAAUUGAAAUCAUGAAUCCAGAAGAAAGGUGAGUAACAGCGUGGGACAGGGGCCAUUGAAAGCAUAAAUUUAAUUUUUAAUUAAAGUACAAGUCUCUCCUAUUGGGGAUAAUCUUGGAUAAGAGGAAGCUUUCAGUGGUCAAGGUAGGGACAGAGCUAAGAUUGGAUAAAUCUCAGAAAUUUACUUGGUUAUAAGAGUAUAAGACAACAAUGGGACACCUCGAUGGUUCAGUUGGUUAAGCAUCUGACUUCACCUCAGGUCACAAUCUCACAGUUUGUGAGUUUGAGCCCCAUGUCGGACUCUGCUGACAGCUCAGAGCCUGGAGCCUGCUUCGGAUUCUGUGUCUCCUUCUCUUUGCCCCUCCCCUGCUCACACUCUGUCUGUCUCUCUCUUUGAGCAAUAAACAAACAUUAAAAAAAUUUAAAAAAAGAGUAUAAGACCAGAGAGUAUAGGCCAACAUCCGUGAAACUGUCAAUGUAGCCAGGGAGCUCAUUGGGCAGGAGGUGCUGUGCAGCAGUAUUUGGCAGGGUGAGGUUCUGGUGUAAAGUCUGGCAGGAUUAUUCGUGAUUUAUUCAUGGCAAACACCUUGGACACAGGAGCAGGAUGCAGCCAUCAGGAUGCUAGGCAAGCGGGAGACAACUCCAGGUAAGAUUCUAAUCUCUAGUUGAGGACUAGGGUGUCCAGCAGAGAGACAAUAGAAUGAGCGUUCCCAUGAACUUAAAUAAUAGGCUCAUGACUGAAGUUGAGAGAAAGUACAAGGUGGUCCUCCAGAGACCCCAUGGACACGAUGGCCCACACAGGCAUACUACACACUAGAUGUGCUUGGGAAAUGAGAUUCUAACCAAGUGGGGUUAAUAUAUAGAGCGGGCAAAUAUAUAUAGUAGUAAACAGGGUAAAUGUAUAUAUUGAAAAUAUAUAUAUUAUCUUCUAUUGCUUGAACCAUUAUCUCAAAUAUGUUACAGGAAGUUGAUAUUUAUUUUGGAUAAAGUGGUCUCUGAAGACCUUUAAAAAAUCAAUAUUAUAUAUUUCAAAAAUGCAUAGAAGGAGUUGAAUGAAAAAAAGGGGCAGAAUUCGGUUAGAUAGGUUUGUUUUCUGAAAGUGUCCAUCCUCUUAAAAUUUUGCUUAUAUUGUUAAUCUUAUUAUUCUUAUUUGCUCUGAAAAUAUUAGGUGUGAAUAACUUCAUCAUCUCAAUCAACUAUUUUCAUUUUAUUCUGUAUUGCUACCUUUUAAGAAUCAGAAUUUUGCCUGCAUAAAGUCCCAAAGGAAGCAGAGGGGGCCAAAUACUUUUUAAAGCCCUUUUAACCAACUAAAGCACAUUAUUUAUACACUAUUUUGGUUCUUGAUCUAGCUUAAUUUUAUUAAUUGAACUUUAUAUAUUAUAUUAAAGACAUUAAAAAUUUCCUUUAUGAAGGAACAAGAUAGUGACCUAGAAGGCUCAUGAACUUCCUUCCUUUCACAGACACACCAAAUGUGCAGCUACAUAAGGAGUGAUUCCUUUUGAGAGAAAUCCAGGAAAUAGUUGCAUGACUCCUGCACAUUGGGUGAAAGAGAAAAUAUACACAUCAAAAUGGGAGACUGAGACACACUGUAAUCAUAAACAUCACCCCCAGCACAGAGACAUACAAUAGGUGUGGAACCCCCAAGGUGCCAGUUUAUGCCUGAAGAGUGACAGGUUUGAGCCACUCAUCUAACACUCCAAUUUUUAAGGCCAACCCCCACAAAUCCCCAAUUCUGAAAGCCAAUGGGGCUUGAAUUUCCAAGAUCCACAGGACAAUAACAAAGAAGCAGUUCUUAAUGGUUGCAUGAGCACUUGCCACAGCUACUGCCCCUCCCUAGCCAUCCCCCCUCCCGCCCUCCCCCCUCCCUGCCCUGGGGCUCAGUACAGGGGGAUCAGGCAAAAAUGCGCAUCUCCAUCUUUCCCUGGAAGGGGUUUGAUUACAUACUCUAUAGGCUGAUGACUGAGGGUCUGUCUUCUAACUCACAUCUACCUGUGAUCCUCCACUGAACUCAGAGGAGCUAGUGGCUGUUUUCCCCACCUUCUCUUUUUGCCUUUUUCCAAAGUGAAAAUCAAGUCACCA